AUGGCGACUCGGCACAUGCACUUCGCCGAGGAGCCGCCGCAGGUUAUGAAUCAGGCUGACCUCGACCGCGCCAACGAGAAACUCGAGAACGCCGACGACGACCUCGAACGCUCCUCCAAGGCGGACCACAGCGACGGCGACAACGGCCAUGCCAACCACCGCCACGACCCCCGCGUCCCGAGCGGCGACGGCGAGAAGCUCGAUAGGUUGGGCACCUACGACAAGUAUGAGUUGACCGAGGACGACGCCUAUGAAGAGUUGGGCUUCUCGUAUCCCUCGUGGAAGAAGUGGUAUAUCCUCUCCGUCAUCUUCAUCGUCCAGGUCUCGAUGAACUUCAACACCUCGCUCUACUCCAACGCCAUCCCGGGCAUCAGCGAGGAAUUCGGUGUGAGCGCCCAAGCCGCGCGCUGCGGUGCCAUGAUCUUCCUCGUGCUGUAUGCCUUUGGCUGCGAGCUGUGGGCGCCUUGGUCUGAAGAGUUUGGCCGUUGGCCCAUCCUCCAGCUCUCGCUCUUCCUCGUCAACAUCUGGCAGCUUCCCGUGGCCCUCGCUCCCAAUUUCGCCUCCAUCAUGGUCGGCCGUGCCCUCGGUGGUCUAUCUUCGGCCGGUGGCUCCGUUACUUUGGGCAUGAUCGCCGAUAUGUGGGAGUCUGACACCCAGCAGUACGCCGUGGCAUUCGUCGUCUUCUCGUCCGUGGGAGGCUCCAUUCUUGGUCCUAUCAUUGGAGGGUUCAGUGAAGCGUAUCUCAGCUGGAGAUGGUCCAUCUGGAUCCAGCUCAUCUUCGGCGGCUUCGUCCAGGCUCUCCACUUCUUCACCGUCCCCGAGACCCGCACCACCAUCAUGAUGAACAAGAUCGCCAAGAAGCGCAGAAAGAACGGCAACCCUAACGUCUGGGGCCCCGACGAGCUCGUCCCCGUCUCCGAGCGUUUGACCGUCAAGGAGAUUCUCAAGACGUGGUCGCGCCCCUUCGUGAUGUUCUGCACCGAGCCAAUUGUCCUGGUUCUCUCGCUGCUGUCCGGUUUCUCCGACGCCCUGAUCUUCAUGUUCAUCCAGUCGUUCGCGCUCGUCUACGACCAGUGGAACUUCUCGACCGUCGCAGUCGGCUUGUCCUUCAUUUCCAUCGGUGUGGGCUACAUCAUCGCGUGGAUCGCCUUCAUUCCCGCCAUCAAGCGCAACAUCAAGGAACGACAGGCGAAGCCCAACGACGAACGUGCCCAGUACGAGUCGCGCCUGUGGUUCUUGCUGUACACCGCUCCAUGCUUGCCCAUUGGCCUGUUUGGAUUCGCGUGGACCAUUCAAGGACCUCCCAUUCACUGGAUUGGCUCCAUGAUCUUCGCUGCGAUUGUCGGAAUCGCUAACUAUUCCAUCUACAUGGCAACGAUCGAUUACAUGAUCUGUGCGUAUGGUCCAUAUUCUGCAUCGGCGACUGGUGGCAAUGGCUGGGCUCGUGACUUCUUGGCCGGUGUGCUUACGAUUCCUGCCACGCCUUUCUUCUCCAACAUCGGUGCCGACAGUGGGAACAACCUCGAGUACGCAUCUACCAUUCUGGCCUGUAUCUCGGCCGUUCUGGUGGCGGCCGUGUACGCGGUGUAUUACUACGGGCCGAGACUUCGAAAGCGAUCUCCCUUCGCCCAGCGACUUGCGGAUGAGGCUCGAAAUGGCAGCGUGGACGGCACGGCGGUGCGACGUGCUAGCUCGAUGGCCUUCCCAGGUUCUCGACGAGCGAGUGCUGUGGCUCGCCCAGGCGUUGGCGACAGAUCAUACUCGCAGAGCGGAAGAUUCUUCGGCGAGUCUAGGAAGAGCACGCCCAGAGGCACUCCGGCUGCGAGUCGCGCGGCGAGUCGUGCCAACAGCGUCGCAGGGGCUGCUCCUCGAUCAGGCGCUCGAACGCCCAGGUUUUAG